AUGAGUGCAGAGCCAUCGGCAAUGGGGCUGGGCACCUCAGGAGAUGGCAUGGGGACCAUGGAGCCACCACCCUCAGCGCUAACCUCUGGAGCCAGCCUGCACGCCUAUGACAUCGUGGUUCUGGUCGUCUACUUUGUCUUUGUCAUCGCCGUGGGGAUCUGGUCUUCCUUUCGUGCAAGCCAAGGGACCAUUGGAGGAUAUUUCCUUGCAGGAAGGUCCAUGAGCUGGUGGCCGAUUGGAGCAUCUCUGAUGUCCAGCAAUGUGGGCAGCGGCUUGUUCAUGGGCCUGGCUGGGACCGGCGCUGCCGGAGGUCUUGCUGUGGGAGGCUUCGAGUGGAACGCAACCUGGAUGCUUCUGGCCCUCGGCUGGGUCUUCGUCCCCGUGUACAUUGCAGCGGGAGUGGUCACGAUGCCGCAGUACCUAAAGAAGAGGUUUGGGGGCCAAAGGAUCCAGGUCUACAUGUCUGUCCUGUCUCUCAUCCUCUACAUCUUCACCAAGAUCUCAACUGAUAUCUUCUCGGGAGCUGUGUUCAUCCAGAUGGCCUUGGGCUGGAACCUCUACCUGUCCACCGUGGUCCUACUGGUGGUGACAGCCAUUUAUACCAUCGCAGGGGGCCUCACGGCCGUGAUCUACACAGACGCUCUGCAGACGGUGAUCAUGGUGGGGGGAGCCCUGGUGCUCAUGUUUCUGGGCUUCCAGGAGGUGGGCUGGUACCCAGGCCUGGAGCAACGGUACAGUCAGGCCAUCCCCAACGUCACCGUCCCCAACACUACCUGUCACCUCCCCCGGUCCGACGCCUUCCACAUAUUCCGGGACCCUGUGACCGGGGACAUCCCUUGGCCAGGCCUCAUUUUUGGGCUCUCAGUGCUGGCCACCUGGUGCUGGUGCACAGACCAGGUCAUUGUGCAGAGAUCUCUCUCGGCCAAGAAUCUGUCCCACGCCAAGGGGGGCUCCAUACUGGGGGGCUACUUGAAGAUGAUGCCCAUGUUCUUCAUUGUCAUGCCUGGCAUGAUCAGCCGUGCCCUGUACCCUGAUGAGGUCGGCUGCGUGGAUCCGGACAUCUGCCAGAGAACCUGCGGGGCCCGUGUGGGGUGCUCCAACAUCGCCUAUCCCAAGCUGGUCAUGGCACUCAUGCCCGUGGGUCUGCGGGGCCUGAUGAUCGCCGUCAUCAUGGCUGCCCUCAUGAGCUCGCUCACUUCCAUCUUCAACAGCAGCAGCACCUUGUUCACCAUCGACGUGUGGCAGCGCUUCCGCAGGAAGGCGACAGAGCGGGAGCUCAUGGUGGUGGGCAGAGUAUUUGUGGUCUUCCUGGUGAUCAUCAGCAUCCUUUGGAUCCCCAUCAUCCAGAGCUCCAACAGCGGCCAGCUCUUCGACUAUAUCCAGUCAGUCACCAGCUACUUGGCCCCACCCAUCACUGCCCUCUUCCUGCUGGCCAUAUUCUGCAAGAGAGUCACAGAGCCUGGUGCCUUCUGGGGCCUCCUGUUCGGUCUGGCCGUGGGGCUGGUGCGCCUGAUCCUGGAGUUCGCGUACCAGGCCCCCGCCUGCGGGGAGGCCGACGGGCGGCCGGCGCUGCUCAGGGACAUCCACUACCUCUACUUCGCGCUGCUCCUCUGCGGGCUCACUGCUGCCGUCAUCGUGGCCGUCAGCCUCUGCACGCCCCCCAUCCCCGAGGAAAAGCUCGCUCGCUUAACAUGGUGGACCCGGAACUGCCCCUGCCCUGAGGAGGAAAUGGAGACUCCAGAGCAGAGCCCAGGGGCCUCAGAGCUGCCGCCCGGGGAGCUCCCUGCACCGGGCAGAACAGCCAAGAGCUCCAAUCAGGACCCUGAGCAGCCCCAAGCCCUGCACAGGUCCUGGACCCAGCGGCUCUGGGGCUGGCUCUGUGGAUUCUCAGGUGCUGAGCAGGCGCUGAGCCCGGCAGAGAAGGCAGAGCUGCAGCAGAAGCUGACGAGUAUCGAGGAACCGCCACUCUGGAGAAGAGUCUGCAACAUGCAAGCUGUCCUCCUCCUGGCCAUCAACGUCUUCCUCUGGGGCUACUUCGCAUAA